ACCGUACCUGCCACCAUUAUUAAUGAGGCAUUUUAAAGAGGUUUGCAUCAUGCAUUAAGAAGCAAAUGAAAUAUAGAAAUGCAGAAAUUAAAGGAAUGAUGAAAUGCCACUAAAGGAAUAGAUGGGAGGAAAGGAUGUGGAGCGGAGUGCUGUUCUCAUCCAAGCAGAGUAGAGUGCAGUCUCAGCCCAGUCUGGUGCUCUUUAGCUAACUCGGCAGUGUGUGUCUCCCUCUACUGGUCUCUUUUGGAAAGACACACACACACACACAACAUGUGAGAAUGCCAGACAGUGAUGUAUUGAUCUGAAGAGGUCAUCACCACCUAUGCUUUCGCUCUCUACUUAAUUGCAGACCUAAGCUGCAUAAUUGCAGACCAAAGAUAAAAGCUAAACAAACCAAACAAUAUUCAUUUAAAGGAAGGAAUACUUUCAUUAAAGUAGCAUGCAUGACAAAACAAGCAUAACAAAAACUCGAGUGUCUUGGCUAAUAUGGUUGCAUGUAUGUUGCCAAGGUAUCUAAGAAUGUCAAAUGUACAGUGUGUGUGUGAGAGAGAGAAAGAUCCUAUGGCAAGAUCAGUUUGUAGACAGAAAAAAACUACAGGGGCGUGUUCAAUGUCAACGUUUUUGCAUUGUUCUGCUAUGGUGUCCGGGUGAAAGACAUGUUGCUCACAAUGGAUCCUAAUAAAAUUGUUUAUAAUUGUAAGAUAAGGAUGAAAAUAUGAACAUGUAUUUGCACCAGUUUAACCAGGAACCCAACCACCAUUAUCAUGCCUUUGCAGCUUCUCUUGUGCAGCAGUGUUCAGUGCUCCACCAUUUUCUGUUAAAACUAAUAUUUUUUGGGAGCUGAAUACAGGGUCUUACAUGUCUUAUGUAAGGGUCUUAUCCCAUGUGUGACCUAUCAACUAAUCAUCUCCUCAGUGCCGCCUCCAGUCCAUGCAUGGCCUGCAGGGGGCGCAAUGGGACAUAAUACUAUUAUGUACAAUCUACUCAUCUGGUUUCAUGGAAUUCAUUUAAAAGAAGACAUUUCUCUUACAGAAAUAACAAUAAUGUGUAGUUACACAGCAGUUUUCUAGCCAUUUAAUAAUAAUAAUAAUAAUAAUAAUUAAUAAUUAAUAAUUGCUAAAAUAUGGAUUUACUUGUCCCAGCAAUUUUCUUUUUAUUCCCCAACAAGACAGUAGAAUUGGGGUUCUGUAAACACACCAAUCACACUUUGAAUUAUUUUAUACCAUUAAGUUAAAGUUAAGUUGAAUUAACAUGGAAAAAAACACAUUUGUUUGUGAUCUAAUAUACCAGUACAUAUUGCCAAUAAGAGUUCCUUGAGUCCUCACUAACAGCCAAUCAGACGUGUCCGAGAAAUGGGUAAGUGACUGGCUUGAUGUUCCAAAGUCAAAUGGUGGUCAGUGGUCAGUCUGGCAAUGUUGUAUGACAACUAAACGAAAUACAUGAAAUUACACAGGAAGGGAAUUCCUGAGUUCUGGUAGAGUAUGGUAGAGUAAGAUUUUUAACCAUCUCUAGCUGGCAGAAUAUUUUAUGUGUAACAGCAGACAGUAACUGGAAAACAUACUUUGUCCUCCAGAAAUGACCAUUGCAUUGAAUCUUGCUGUAAUCUUUUAGUAUACAGUACAUGUGUACAGUAUCAGUGUGAAGGAGGAAAAAGAAAAGAGGUUGUAGUUAGUAGGUUUGAGUGUUUUUCUUCCCUCCACAGGAGAGGGCACAUGCCUGUUACGGUGGAGUCUGUGUGGUGUUGGGCAGCCUGUGUAGAGCAGAGCAGAGCUGAGCUAGAGGGAAGUGUACAGUAUGCCAUGUGGACUGCUGCAUAUCGACCUGCUGCCACUGUAGAUUCUGUGGUGUUUUGAGUGAGACCUAAUGAGUUCUCCAUCAUCCAAGCAACAAAGGAUUCUGUGUCCAUUGAUUCUCCUGGAGUUUAUGUUGCACAUGGUUGGGUUUCCCAAUGACAAGGAGUAUCAAUUUCUGAUGAUAGAGUAGGCCCUUCUAUGAGACGUAAGGGUUUUCCACUGUUGUUUUUUUUAUUUGACCUAGUUACACAGCUGGCUACAUACUAGGCUAUGUAAAGAACAAUGUAUGAAUAGGGUAUUAAUGCCAUUAGUGCAUGCAGAUAUACUGUUGAUACCGUUUCGCUUCCAUGUACUGUAAGUUUGUGCAACAAAAUAGAUUCUUCUGGUGACAAAAUCCCAGAAUUGAAAAUCCUUUCUCCCUGGCAUAAUUGGGAUACAAUGAAUACAGGUCUGGACUGUUUUACAUCAAACUGGAUAAAGCUUUACCUUGGGGUAUUCAGCAAUUACAGUUUGACUAAUCACACUGGGCGGUGGUAGUGUAGUGGCUCUAGCUGUGGUGGAAGAGAGAUGUGCUUGAGAGGGAAGGAUGGAGGCAGGCAGUGCAUGUGUGAGUGUGAGCUGGAGGUGGGGAGGAGAGAGGAGACGGGAGGGGUGAGUGAGUGAGGGGGGUUGCACUGUCUCACUCUGAUUGGCUAGUUAUUACGGCAUUCUCCCUGGAGGCUCCCCACAGCCCCCCCUUCUCCCUCUCCCUCGCCAUCUCUCUCUCUUGCUCUCUCGCUUUUCCUCCUCCCCCUCUCUUUUCCUCUCGCUCUGUUUGCUCACAUGCCCUCCUGACUGCCGUCAGGGAGAGAGAGAGAGCGUGUGCAGAAGCAGCAUCAGCAGAAGCAUUAGCGCUGAGCAUCGUUAGCAGUUAGCAGCAGCAGCUAGCGUGCUGAGGAAAAGGGCGCUGUCAUUCUCCCUGUCUCCAGCCAUGAGGACCACCAGCUCACCAUCAGCCCUGCCUGCGUCAGGACCCCUGCAUCUGCAUCUGCCACUCCUCUCCGCUCGACACCUGCCUCCUCCCGCACUCUCCCUCUCCUCUCCUCUUUGCCGCCACUUCUAGCAUCGGUCUCGUCUCCACCAGCUCUCUGCUCCUGUGCCCUCCACCUCAUCUUUCUCUCUGGUCAGCGUGCGACCUCUGCAGCAGAGAGAGUGGAACAGCUUGGUGUUGCUACGUCCAAGGCCUGAUACUGGAAGGACGAGAGAGAAGACUGGAUGCAGACGGCUGUGGAUGUGUGCAAGAGGGUGGUGACGGACCAGCGGCCACUCAUUAGACCACUACCCAUCUAUGCUCCCCAACGGCAAGACUCCUGCUCUUCUCCUUUUUCCUCCUCUCUUUUCCUCCAUGCUUUGGAUCUGAUCUUUGCGGACCUGGGCUUCUCCAUGCCUGUUUUCCAUCUUACUGGAAAGGAACUCUGCUGGGAGUGACUGCACUAACAAUACAGUUCUGACAACUCUCCCUAAAACUAAUUCCUUACUGAAUGGUGAACUUGGAAACAGAAGGAAGCAACUCUGCAAUCACGCAAACAUACCUCUGAAAUUUUGUUGCCCCUUUCUUCCGCUCAAGGAUCUGUGAAACGUCUAGAAAGCUUUGCCACAACAGUGGCCAGGGAAGUGGACCAUCUGUCUGUGAUGCUUACUGAGCGAGACUAAACAAACAGCCUCCAUUUUGCCUCUUCCCUCAGCCUCUCUCUGGGACAGGAAGCUGUGAAUAAAGAGCUGUGCCUGUUUGAAGUGCAAUGUUUUGAUAGUUCACGUUUCGGUCGUUGGCAGAAUAGAAGCACUCAGCUGAAGCAAACUUGGAAUCUGUCGGUUUCCUCUCCUCUGUGGCCUUCCCACGCUUCAUGCCAUCUUUUUUUACUCUGUCUCUCUCUUGACUAUAUCAUCUUCUUUCUCUCGUGUUAAAUCCCCCUCUCUCGGUCUCCCUGUAGAGAGGAAGGUUCUCCUUUUGGAAGGGAAAUCAGAAUGUAUAAGAUGUAUCGCUUCACGUCUGUCUCACUGUUCCCACACACCCGGCCAGUCUGUUGCCAGGCAACAGUGCACUAAUUUGACAGUUUUGGGCGGAAGGCAGAGUCAUCGGAGGAUAAACAGUCCCGGCAUGCUGAACAGGACCAUAUGACCGACAUUGGCUUUCAGCUUCCUGACUGGAAAGACACCGCCAAGCCAUCAUGUAGUCACUGCGUGAUCCUCAAAAGCCAUUUCUAUCUUCAAUUGUGGAGAGUUGGUGGUGAGUGUUCUUCUGUUUGGUGCUAAAGUGACGUGGAGCAGGUGGAGGCAUGUUUAUCACCAGCCUGUCUCUUGGCGUUCACCCUGGUUAUUGCUGCAUUUCCGCCCUAGUCUCUAGCUCCUGUGCCAGAUCAGUUGGGAGAACUCUCCAGAGACCCCUCAUAGUGCGGUGACAGGAGUGGAGCAUGGACAUUUUGACCGCUCAAAACCUUUUUACUUACAAGAUAGCUAAACUGCCCCAGGACUCAUUUCAUUUCUUUUUCAAACCAAACCAAAAAAGGCAGUAGUAACAACAAAACGGAACAAAAAAUGGCAGACAAGAGCUGUGACCCCAGUGACUCUGCCAACCCCAGCCUCACCUCCUGUCCUGGGGAUUCAGAAGGCGAAAAGGAGUCUUCGUGUGACACGACCCUGGAUUUCAUCCCGGACAAGGAACUGCCCUUGCCGCUGCCCCCAGCUGUGCGUCUGGCCCUGGAGGACGGAGCGCCUGGGCAGGAGAACAUGGGGGAGGGUGUGGGACUGGGCACAGACUCAACGACCCGAGUGCUAGGGCUUCUGGGGAUGAGCCACCGCCUCUUCGUGCCCCGACUCCUGGCGGUGAGAGAGGGGGAGGGACGAAAGACAAACUCAGAGAUGAAUAAGACCUCUAAGGAGGACCUGCUGCAGGCUGAUUUCGAGGGCGCCCUGAAGUUCUUCCGGGUGCAGCUGCCCAAGCGCUACCGCGCUGCUGAGAACGCCCGGCGCCUCAUGGAGCAGGCCUGCAACAUCAAGGUGCCAACCAAGAAGCUGAAGAAGUUUGAGAAGGAGUACCAGUCUCUGCGAGAGAGCCAGCUGCAACAGGAGGAUCCCAUCGACAGGUAUCAGAGAGAGAAUCGCCGGCUACAGGAAGCCAGCAUGCGUUUGGAACAGGAGAAUGAUGACCUCGCACACGAGCUGGUCACCAGUAAGAUCGCCCUGAGAAACGACCUGGACCAGGCAGAGGACAAGGCGGAUGCUCUGAACAAGGAGCUGUUGAAUACCAAACAGCGUCUGGUGGAGACAGAGGAGGAGAAGAGGAGACAAGAGGAGGAGACUGCACAGCUGAAGGAGGUUUUCCGGAGGGAGCUGGAGAAAGCCGAGUCUGAGAUCAAGAAGACCACCGCCAUCAUCGCUGAGUACAAACAGAUCUGCUCCCAGCUCAGCACCAGGCUGGAGAAGCAGCAGGCUGCCACUAAAGAGGAGCUGGAUAUUGUGAAGAGUAAGGUGAUGCCGUGCGAACGCUGUCGGGAGGUGUUCAGUAAGGACGGGCCUCUGCAGAUGCCGGCCAUGUCGCGGGACAGCCAGCCGUUGGAGCAGGACGAGGAGAAGGACUCUCUGAAGGCCCAGCUGAGGGAGCUGGAGCUAGAGCUGGCCCAGACCAAGUUGCAGCUGGUGGAGGCCAAGUGCAAGAUCCAGGAACUGGAGCAUCAGAGAGGGGUCCUAAUGACUGAGGUGCAGGCAGCCAAGAACUCCUGGUUCAGCAAAACCCUGGGCUCCCUAAAGACAUCCUCCAGCAACCAGACCCCUCCCUCACCAAAAGAGGGCUAGCAGGGUAGUGGGGCGGGAUGGGGGGUCAGUCAAACCAUGGGGA